AUGAGUAGGCUAAGCGGUACGCUUCAUAUGUGUGAAUAUCGAUUUCGCGAUAUGUUUAAAUUCAAUGAAAGCAAUAUAUCCGAUGGAAAAACAACGUUUGAACGUGUGGAUGAUAUUAGAUUCGGCAGAUUAGAUGUGUUGCGAUCAUGCAGUUGGGCUGGUGAGGAUAUUGACUGUCGAGCAUUCAAACCCGUUAUGACUGAACGUGGCGCAUGUUUCUCAUUCAAUGUAUUGAAUUCAAAGAAAAUUUACAGUAAUAUAACAUCACCUGAAAUACUCACAAUCGAUGGCAAUCCAGAUGAAGACGAUUGGAGUAUGGAACAGGAGUUAGAAAGGCUUUUGCAUUCGCACGAAGAGAAAAAAAAUCGUCCGAAUUAUCCGUAUCAUCUUGUAACGUUGGACGAUUUUGACAGCUUAGACGUUGAACUGAGCUCCGAUCCGGUUGAUUGGUAUUGGAAUUAUAAAUGUGAAUAUUCCGAUACAAGAAGUUUCAAGGUAUUUCUUCAUCGAUCCGAUGAAAUAAAAGAAGCAUUUUAUAAACCAUUUGAAAUUGAGGUUGGGAAAAAAGUGAUCGUUUCGAUUACGCCCAAUGUUAUAGUCACAUCAAAAAAUCUAGAAGUAUAUAGCAGUCAAAUACGACGAUGUUACUAUAAUUCGGAGCGUAAAUUGAAGUAUUUUCAAAUCUAUACGAAAAGCAACUGUGAAUUUGAGUGCUUUGUCAAUUUCACAAUAGCCAAAUGUGGAUGUGCUAAAUUUUCAAUGCCACGUGAGAGAGAUACGCGUGUGUGUGAUGUGUACGAAAUGGAUUGUUAUGCACAAGCACUGUCCGUACAUCGUGGGGGUUUAAAGAAUAACAAGGACACUGAUGCCGCCGAUUUUCGAGAAAAAUGCAAUUGUAUCUCACCUUGUGCAGAUAUUCAAUAUAUACCACAAAGCAACGAUCUUAAAUACGUGGGACAGAAAAUUAUUAGUAAUGACUCGCGAACCAUUUUAUCACUGUCAUUCAAAAAGCGUAAAUUUCUUGUGCUAAGAAAAGAUGAGGCAUCUUCAAUAACUAAUAGACUUGCCACUUGUGGUGGAAUAUUGGGUCUGUUUAUGGGCAUCUCGUUGCUUAGCCUCAUUGAAAUGAUCGUGUACUGUGUAGUUCAGUUUGCAAAAAAACUUACCGUACCAAAGAAAACACAUCUGAAUCUAAGACAAAAACGACUCGCUCUUCAACAGCACUAUAUCGAUGCUUUUUCAUCUAUGGACGAAAAAUAA